AUGUGUUUAAUUGGCACAACAGAGCGUCGCCGGGUAGUCGAAUACCCUGUCGCCCGUCGGGUCGUACAUGUCCCUCCAGUACGGCAUGAAACUGUCAUUGUCGAACGUCCACGGUCAAGUUAUCAUACCCAGCGUACUGGUCACAGCCAUUCUCGACGAGGGUCGAAAGCUAGUGUUGUAUUCACGACACCGAGGGGGUCGCAUGUUAGCAGUAGACGAGGAACCGUCCCCGUUAUCGUUGAGAGAACGUAUCGUUAG